AUGGCGACUAAGCAAGCCCAUCUCGCUCUCUUUCUCUUCUUCCUCUUCUUCUCCUAUUUGGCUUUGUCCCUGCUCGCGGAUUCGCCGGAAAACAUGGACCCCGCCGGAGACGGCGGUCUCAUAGAUUCUGAUGAGGAGGGGGAGAAGAUGACGAUGGACUGGGAAUCGUCGACGAGAAUGCUGUAUGGACUCGGAAAAUACGUAAGCUACUACCACAUCAUUGAUAUGGAGUUCAUCCCGUGCGACCGCCGUGGCCAACCUUACUAUUUUUGCAAAUCUCGCGGACCCGUCCGCCCCUACGCCCGCGGUUGCACCAGGUUCACCAGAUGCGGCCGUGGUAGAUUCCGUUAG